AUGAAAAUGAACAACAAAACUGUCAUCACUCAGUUCCUCCUCCUGGGUCUGCCCAUUCCCCUAGAGCACAAACACCUGUUCUACACCCUGUUUCUAACUAUGUACCUCACCACCAUCCUGGGAAACCUGCUAAUCAUUGUCCUUGUUCACCUGGACUCUCAUCUCCACACACCCAUGUACUUGUUUCUCAGCAACUUGUCCUUCUCUGAUCUCUGCUUUUCCUCUGUUACGAUGCCCAAAAUGCUGCAGAAUAUGCAGAGCCAGGACCCAUCCAUCCCCUAUGCAGGAUGCCUGGCACAAAUAUACUUCCUUAUGGCUUUUGGAGAUAUGGAGAGCUUUCUUCUCAUGGUCAUGGCCUAUGACCGCUAUGUGGCCAUCUGCUUCCCUCUGCAUUACACCAGCAUCAUGAGCCCCAAGGUCUGUACUUGUCUAGUGUUGCUACUGUGGAUGCUGACAGCAUCACAUGCCAUGAUGCACACCCUGCUUGCAGCAAGAUUGUCUUUUUGUGAGAACAAUGUGAUCCUCAAUUUUUUCUGUGACUUAUAUGCUCUCCUAAAGCUGUCCUGCUCAGACACUUAUGUCAAUGAUUUGAUGAUACUUAUUAUGGGAGGACUCAUCUUUAUUAUUCCAUUCCUCCUAAUUGUUAUGUCCUAUGCAAGGAUCAUCUCCUCCAUUCUUAAAGUUCCAUCUACUCAAGGCAUAUAUAAGGUUUUCUCCACCUGUGGUUCCCAUCUGUCUGUAGUGACCUUGUUUUAUGGGACAAUUAUUGGUCUCUACUUAUGUCCAUCAGGUAAUAAUUCCACUAUAGAGGAGAUUGCCAUGGCCAUGAUGUACACAGUGGUGACUCCCAUGCUGAACCCCUUCAUCUAUAGCCUGAGGAACAGAGAUAUGAAGAGGGCCCUAAGAAGAGUCAUCUGUAGUAAGAAAAUCUCUCUGUAAUGG